UCAAUUUCUGUUUCAGUCGAGCAACGCAACUCGAACGCAACGGUACAUGAGCGGCGGUUGGCGAGCGAAUUCAGUGUCCCGUUAUCAACAACAACUCUCCAAACACCGAACUGCAGCUGAAUUAAACCACCAAAUACUGCGUGUUUUUUUUUUUCAAGUUCCAUAGAUGUAGUACAGUACAACAGUUACUCAAUUACUCAAUUGCAACUUCCGAAGAAUUCGCGUAGUGCGAAAAUCGCCAAAAAUCAGCAGCCGCACUUUGAAGUUACGUCAAAAGGAGUCGCGAAAGAGGAAGAGCGAGAGUGUGAGAGAGAGAGGUGGCAAGAGAGCCGUAAGAAAAUAACAACAAGGCAGAAGCACGCGAUAGGAGUAACUGUAAAUCCGGCUUUGGUCAAAAGGGAGGGGGUGAUAAAGCGAGCAGGAAGAGGAGCCAGAGGAGGCUUAUGUAAAGCGUGCUUCGAGCGUGCUAUGGAAGCAUGUCGUCCACUUCCAGCUCCGUGCUAACGUUGUCAUCGUUUAAUCUAUUAUUUUUCACCCAAGUGCUCACGGUACUCAGCUCGACGAUCAAGUACAACGAAUACGCGACGGACAAGGGCGGCAAUGUGAGCAUACCGUGCAUAGCCCAGGGAAACAUAAUGUGGGUGAAAGAGCACGGCAACAACAGCACGAUAGUUCAGACUGGUCGUGUUCUCGUCCUGCGAAAUGUGAGCACCACGGAUGCGGGAAUCUACGUAUGCUUCGCAUCGGUGCCACGCCCAUCGACAACAGCAACAUCAGCAACUACCUCACCGCAAAAUCAGCAGGAGAAAGAGACGAGGCCACUGGAGGAUGAGGAUGGUGGCCAUGGGGAAAGCGUAUCCCCCACGGAUGACCAGCCGAAGGAAGCCGAAAUGGAGGAGGAAGUGGAGUACCUCGCCCACCAGCGAACCAAGCUCAUCGUUCGCACCGUUCCGGGUCCAGUGUCGCAGCUAUACUUCAAGGCCUCCACCAUACUGGGCUUCCUCAUCUGGCGCUUCAAUAAGACCCAAUCCGGUGGCUAUCCGGUGCGCAGCUUUACGGCGGAGUACCGUAACGUCUCCUACAAGACCCCGCCGGCGAAUGCCAGUUUCGAGCACGCCUGGAGCAGGAUGGAUCCCAUCAACAUAGCCUUUAAUGUGCGCCAAAUGGAGGUCUAUCGCCUGGCACCCAACACCACCUAUGAGUUUCGGAUAUGGGCCAACAACGAACUGGGCAGCGGCGAGGUGGUCACCACCAAUGUGACCACGCUGCCGGAGACCAAGGAGGAGGAUCUUAUACGCCUUAUAAAACCCGACCUAGACAAUUUCGAUCCACGCAUUUGGAUAGUGGCCGUCAGCAUAGUGCUCGGAACCCUUGUGAUAUUAGCGAUCGGACUCUGCAUUGUGCUCUCCAAGGAGUGCUAUCAGUCGGCGCAAAUGGAACUGCAAGAUGGUUGGGACAGCAUUGAGCUCAUACCGAACAUAAUACUUAAUCCCGGUUUCAGCGAGUCGGACGGCGGACCAGAGCCUGGUGGCCAAGGUCAUGUGGGCGGUGCUGGCGAUCAGGAUGCUGGGGAGGAUGACGAUGACGAUGUGGCCAUGCCAUUUCCGCGCACCAUCAUCUUUGGCCAGCACCAUCGAACGCCUCCGCCGCCGCGUUUGCAUUUGCCACCGCAGCACCACCGCCAUCAAAACCAGAGCCACCACCACCAGUAUCACCAUCAGCAGCGGCAGCAGCAGCACCACCACCACCACCUCCGGCGGCAGGACGACGAUGAUGACGACGACUACGAGGAGGAGCACGAACCCACCAUGGAACGGUUCAAGCGCAAAGUCUCCGUCUUCUUCACCGGUCCCACCAUCAAGCGUAUUUGAGACGUAUUUGAGUACAAACACUGGUCACCAAGGUUGUUGCAUUGCGGCUUGAUUGGAUAGUUAGGAUCCAUCUCCACACCAUAUACAUAGAUAUAGAAAUGAGAGAGAGCUUAUCGAUCGAUCGAAUAUUUCGUUUUCAUUUCGGUUUCCUGUCCAAGCUUCAACUAUGCAAUACCAAACAAAAAAAGAAACGCCAGAAAUCGCCAGAAAUUUUGAUUUAUAGCUCAUUGCAUUGCUUCUAUGCCCCGAAUCACAACUAUAUAGUAUAUAUACACGUAUUAUAAAUAUAAACCAAAACAAAUAUAUUGCUGUGAUACAAAUUCAAUUGAACGAACAUUGUAAGGAUUUACCAUAAAGCACACGAAACACCAAAACCCAGCUAUUAACCAUCAUGAAUUUGCUGAAGCUCGUAGCCAUAAAGCCCACAUUGUAUUUUGUCUAGUUAAACACGCCAUCUGAGUUACAGCCACUGGAUUAUUCAGAUCCAGAUAUAGACGACAGAAUUUAGCGUACAAGUUAGCUUAGAGCCUCAAAAAUUCUCCAAAAGAGAUCUGUUACCAAGUACUAAUCAAGAUAAAUGUCCUUAUAACUAGUCCGUUUGUCUGUUAGCCCGAACUAAUGCUUUUCUGUACUAGUAACUGGUUUUAUAAUAUUUAAAAUUAAAUUAGUCGAUUGUAACAGAUCUCUGAUAGUCCAUAUAGAUACCGGACUAUAUCGUUCGAACUUGUCCUUGUUUUGGUUCCGUUUGAAAGAUUUAACAAACUGUGAAACAAUUUUAUAAUUGAGCAAAUAUUUUGCACUGUAGAGCGCACCAAACGAUCUAUAUAUAGAUAUAUAAAUAUAUAUAUAUAUUUAAAACCGUAAAAAACGUUUGAUAAACAUUUUAAAUAAACGGCAAAAUGCCUUGUGCUUUAGUUCGGCCUCAAAGCUAAAUAAAUUGAUUAUGAUAUGAUAUAGGAAUAUUUAUUAACGUAGUUAAAGUAGCCUGAAAACCAAAUAUUCAAAGAAAUGAAAACAAAAACUGCUUCCACUCACAGUAAACAAAAUCUAAACAAUGAAAUUGUUAUAAAAGAUAAAUCAAAACUAAUUUUAAACAAGCGAAUAUUGUGAAUAUACCGAAGCAAACAAAAAAUAUAUAUAUAUAGAGAGAGAACGAUCACAAAAUGUGUGGAAUGUACAUAAAGAUAGCGAGUGGGUAUCUUAAGAAAGACUGUAGUUAAUGUUUAAGACACUUUGGCCUGCGCUUUUACCAACUUUUUGGGGCCCAACUUGGCCCAAACUCCUUGGUUCCAACCAUAUUUUGCAUUGAUCUGCUAGAGCUACCAACAAGUAUAUAGUAUUAAUAUUUCUAACAAUUCGGAAUGUGCACUUAACUAAGCGAAGAUUGAAACUAAAAAAUCAGAAGGUGGAAACAUCCUAUUUAAAUAGAACGAAGUUAAAUAAGCAAAAGUCUCUCGCCUAAGCCCUCAUCCUAAACUCUUGGCUGUAUUUCUAAUUGUUAUCGCUUCAGGUUGAGGUUUAUUAUUAUAACGCCAGCUAGCUAUACUCCUCCCCACAAAAAAAAAAAAUUACCCUAAACAAAUUAUUUUCUAAUCUGAGCCCAAGCCA